AUGAGCAAAACCGGAGAUUUCGAAAGCGUCGCUGCGGAUAUCAAAAAGCUGUUACAUCAACCAGAGUAUGACGAUGGCAGUGCUGGACCGGUUCUAAUACGUCUGGCAUGGCAUUCUGCCGGUACGUACUGUGCGGAGACCGACACUGGUGGUAGCAAUGGAGCCGGCAUGCGUUACGAGGCUGAAGGCGGCGACGAAGCAAACGCAGGCCUCCAACAUGCCCGCGUAUUCCUGGAACCCGUCAAAGAGAAGCACUCAUGGAUAUCUUACGCCGAUCUGUGGACACUGGCAGCUGUCGUUGCAUUGAAAGAGAUGGGAGGACCACAAGUCAAAUGGCUCGCUGGUAGAACAGAUUACGUCGACGACAGUAAACUCCCUCCUCGCGGACGUCUUCCAGAUGGUGCUCAGGGUGCCGACCAUAUCCGAUUUAUCUUUUACCGCAUGGGUUUCAACGAUCAAGAGAUUGUCGCGCUCAGUGGUGCGCACAACCUGGGACGUAUGCACAAGGACAGAAGCGGCUUCCACGGACCAUGGGUCCCAAACCCUACGCGAUUCAACAACACAUACUUCAAGAUCAUGACCGAUUACGAGUGGAAGGAAAAGACGCUCGACAAUGGCGUCAAGCAAUUCGUUUACAUUGACGAGGAUCUGGAUGAAGAGUUGGCCAUGCUGCCGACCGAUCUCGCACUUGUCAAGGACGAGUCAUUCAGUCCUUGGGUCCAGAAGUAUGCCAAAGACAAGGACCUCUUCUUUGAGCACUUUGCAAAGGCCUUUGGCAAGCUCCUAGAAUUGGGUAUCCAGAGAGACGCCAAUGGCAACAUCUGCAACUCUGAUAACGUCAAGGGUGGCUAUCACGCCGCACCGAAGAAGUCCUCCAAGCCUGGCAAACCGAAGACUGCUGGAGAUGGUAUUGCCGAGCCUCUACAGGAAGAGAAUGCUCGUUUCAAGGCUAGACUAUAG